GUUGUCAAUUCAGCGACGACGACGACGUGUGCGUGCAAAAUUGUUUAUUCUUCUGCUAAAAAUAAAUAAUACAGCAUUCUGAAAAACGAUGACUUCGCAUCCGGUGUUUAUAGACCUGUCUUUGGACGAGCAGGUGCAAGAGCUGCGCAAGUAUUUUAAGAAGCUGGGUGCAGAAAUCUCGUCGGAGAAAUCGAACAAAGGCGUCGAGGAUGAUUUACACAAGAUAAUUGGUGUAUGUGAAGUUUGCUUCAAAGACGGCGAACCAGCCCAAAUUGAUGGCAUACUGAAUAGCAUUGUAUCCAUUAUGAUAACGAUACCGCUGGAUCGUGGCGAGAACAUCGUGCUGGCCUAUUGCGAAAAGAUGACUAAGGCGCCCAACCAGCCGCUGGCGAAGGUUUGCCUGCAAUCGCUUUGGCGGUUAUUCAACAAUCUGGACACAGCAUCCCCCUUGCGCUACCAUGUUUACUAUCAUUUGGUGCAAGUUGCCAAGCAGUGUGAUCAGGUGCUGGAAGUCUUCACUGGCGUCGAUCAAUUGAAGUCGCAGUUCGCUAACUGCCCGCCUUCCAGUGAGCAGAUGCAAAAGUUGUAUCGUCUAUUGCACGACGUGACCAAGGAUACCAACUUGGAGCUGUCUUCAAAGGUGAUGAUUGAGCUAUUGGGCACAUAUACGGCAGACAAUGCGUGCGUUGCUCGUGAGGAUGCUAUGAAGUGCAUUGUUACUGCCCUGGCCGAUCCCAAUACAUUCCUGCUCGACCCCUUGCUAUCGCUGAAGCCUGUUCGCUUUUUGGAAGGUGAUCUAAUACACGAUUUGCUGUCCAUCUUUGUCUCGGACAAGCUGCCCUCAUAUGUGCAGUUCUAUGAGGAUCACAAAGAGUUUGUCAACUCCCAAGGCUUGAAUCACGAGCAGAAUAUGAAGAAAAUGCGGCUGUUGACAUUCAUGCAGCUGGCCGAAAGCUACCCCGAGAUGACAUUCGACACACUGACCAAGGAAUUGCAAAUUAACGAGGAUGAAGUGGAACCGUUUGUCAUAGAAGUGCUGAAGACAAAGCUUGUGCGUGCACGUCUCGAUCAGGCCAAUCGCAAGGUUCACAUCUCAUCGACAAUGCAUCGCACCUUUGGUGCACCACAGUGGGAACAGCUGCGCGAUCUGUUGCAGGCCUGGAAGGAGAACCUCAGCUCUGUACGCGAGGGAUUAACAAAUGUAUCAUCUGCACAAUUGGAUCUGGCACGCUCGCAAAAGCUGAUACAUUAGAGACAACCGAUAUCCAAGAUCAAAUAAAAUACGAGCGCUGGUAUAAAGUUUUACAU